ACGAAAAUAGAGGUGCUUAGCAACGGCGCCAUUAUUUGUAAACUCGCACAUGCAGCUUCGACGUCUGGAGUAACUUGACAGGAUGCAUCUUACGGAGGAAACUGGGGGAAAACAGGAUGUGCCACAGGAAGAAACACAACAGGAAGUUCCGAAGAUCAUCCAGCCCAGAGAUCACAAAGCCAAAAUAUGUGUGUGGGCUGACUUAACAGUGGAUGAUGUGGAUAGGAUCAAUGAAUCUCUCAAUGCAGAUCACAUCAAGAAUGUCCUGUCCGACAUCUUUGGACUGAGUGACCAUCGGGAUGACCUCAAGACCGGCAUCAUCAUGGACUUGUACUACUACACACUCCAGUUUGCCCGUGAUAACGGCUUCAGCAGGGAGAAGACAUCAGCAUUCUUCUCCAUCAUCAAGAAGACCCAUGAAGUCUGCAUCGAAACCCCAUUUGGAAAUCUUGACCAGACUUUCAACUACUUCAAAGCUCUGAUACUCUGUCAUGCUGUCAAUCGUCCACCACACAGCAUCGAGCUGUUCAGUGCUGACGAGGUGAGGAAGAUUACAGAGUACACCAUCAACACCUACUUCCGCCACUUCAAGAUGUACAAGUACGCCUUCACACCCCUGGUGAAGUUGGACCUGGCAAUAAACUACAUCGGGCUUCCCAUGCCAUCUCCCCCACCUUCUGAAGCUGGAGACAAGGCAGAUGAAACCGAGGCAAAGGAAGGGGAGACAACUGAGGAGAAACCAGAAGAGGGAUGGUGGUGCAGAAGGUGGAGCAGACAAGAGUCUCCAGCCAAGAAGGAGUUGCGGACGAUGAUCCAGACGUUCCUGUCAGAGGAGAUAAAGAAGAUGAAGAUGUCAGUGGAGGAGCAGAUUAAAUCUACUGAGGACAGCAUCAACAAGAAGAUCGAGUUGACCGACGGUAGUACCUCACCCAAGAAGAGUCCUAGCUCUCCCAAGGGAAAAAAGAAAUAAUAUAAGUUUCUUAACAGAGCUGAAUGUAAAUUUGUGUUAAAUGUACAGUCAGUAUUUCAGAAAUUUGCAUAUUCUUGCAAUGAAAUAUUUUGUCAGCUGUGUAAAUCGAUAACAUUUUUGUGUCAGCAAUGUGUUUUGGCUGAAAAGUGUUUUGGUAAACUAUUUAUCAUGUUCUAAAUCAUGUCAAUGAUGCUCUGCAGAGUGUAUGUAUAAUGAUGAAUAAUAUAGAGUUGUAAAUAAACUACUGUAUGUCAUUA